UCUCUCUCUCUCUCUCCCCCCCUCCCCCCUUCUCUCUGUAUCCGAGUACCGUCAUCUCCACCCAUUAAAACCCUAAUUUUAUCGCUUUUCACUGUUCACUCUCACAGAGAAAAGCAAAACUAUUCAAGGAAUUAUUUGACGGUAGGAAUUUAUGUCCUUCCAUCAAUCAAGGUCCGAUAGAAGCGAGACACAGUAUCGAAAAUCAGGACGAUCCGCCGGCUCUAAUCAGCAGCGGACCUCCUCAGGCUCUUACGGUAAGGGCGCUGGCGGUGGGCCCGCCCCUUCACCGUCUAUUUCCUCCUCUCCUUCUGUUUCCUCCAAUCGCAGUUUUAAAAAGUCUCACAAUGCACAAGGAGGUCAAUCUAGGGUAAACGUGCCCGCUGUCCAUUCUUCGGAUUCUAGUAGUAAUGCUUCUGCAUCGCGUAAUGUACAGAACGGUUCACAUUUACAGCCUCAGUUACAUGGAGUAUCUGAUGCACCGGUUGGUAGCGGUGCUGCCAAGCAAGUUGAAUCGUCCACCACUCAGAGAGGCACCCGAGCUGUUCCGAAGGCUCCAACUUCUCAACCUGCCUCCGUGAAUGCUGACGGUAUUGGGCCUGCGAAUCAAUCAAAGGCUCAAGGAGAUGCAUCCAAGGAAUUCCAUUUUCAAUUUGGCUCGAUUGGGAUGCAGAUUCCACCUCGAACUAGUUCAGCUCCCCCAAAUUUGGAUGAGCAGAAACGUGAUCAGGCACGCCAUGAUAGUUACAGGUCAGUGCCAAUGCCAAAUUUGCCAACACCAUCAGUCCCUAAGCAGCAGUUGCCGAGGAAGGAUACUAGUACUACUGAUCAAUUUAGUACUGGGGAUGUUCAUCAAAUGACAAAAACCAAAAAGGAAGUGCAAAUCUCGCAUGCUCCUACUUCAAAUCAAACACAGAAGCCUUCUGUUAUUCCUAUGUCAAUGGCUUCUAUGCAAAUGCCAUUUCAUCAGCAACAGGUAUCUUUGCAGUUUGGUGGGCAUAACCCACAGACGCAGUCGCAGAAUGUACCUGGCACCUCACUUCAAGUGCCACUCCCCAUUGCAUUACCCAUGGGAAAUGCUCCCCAAGUGCAGCAGCAUAUGUUUGUUACAGGUCUCCAACCGCAUCCAAUGCAGCCGCAGGGAAUCAUGCAUCAGGGACAGGGCCUAAAUUUCACAGCCCAGAUGGGUCCCCCCCAGCUAGGCAAUAUGGGAAUUGGCAUUACACCACAGUACCCUCAACAGCAGGGAGGAAAAUUUGCUGGUCCUCGUAAGACCAUGGUGAAGAUUACGCAUCCGGAUACACAUAAGGAGGUCAAACUUAAUGAACGAACAGACACUCAUACGGAUGGUGGGGUUUCAGUCCCUAGGUCCCACAACAACGUUCCUCAAUCCCAGCCAAUUCAAUCAUUUUCACCUGCUCAUCAGAUCAAUUAUUUUCCCAAUUCCUACAAUCCCAGUUCCAUGUAUUUUCCAACUCCAGGUUCUCUGCCACUAACAAGUAGCCAGAUAACUCCCAAUUCUCAGGCACCAAGAUAUAACUAUACUGUUGGCCAGGCUCCAGCUAAUGUAUCAUUCAUAAAUCCAACAACCAUUGGCUCCUUGCCAGUUAGUAAAACUGGGACUGCAAUGCCUGCUGUUGUGGAGCCACCAAACUUGGAUCAUUCUCGUGAUGUGAAUAACAUAAUUUCUUCUGCUCCUUCAGGAACUGUACAGGUGACAGUUAAACCAGCCACAGUAUCUGUUGGAGAAAAGGUUGCAGACUCUUCUCUUUCGGAUAUCUCUCCUGCUGUUGGAAAGGUUGGUUUGUCAAAACCUUCAAGGCCAUCUGGGGAAGGUAGUGAAUCAUCUGUCUCUAAGUCAUUGCCAGCAGCUACUAAACAGUCUUCAGCAGUUUCUGCUGCUAUCUCUACUGAGAACCUGACAACUAAUUUUGUGUACACUGGUUCGACUGCUCUAUCUGAUGAGCCUGCACCAGUUGCUACCAAUUUGGACGGCAGAAGAAAGGAAAGCUUGAGUAGGUCAAACUCUAUCAAGGAUCAUCAAAAGAAACCAGCCAAAAAAGGACAGAUCCAACUGCAGCAGGUUGGUGGAGUAUCCACUUCGACAUCAAGCGUGGCUUUGCGGGCUUCAGAACCUGGUGUAUCUUCCAGCGGUGAAGUUUCUGAUUCUGUAGAAGCGAAAACAAAUCCUAUUACAACAGUAACUAGUGAAGGUUUGUCAGAAGUAACCAGAGAAUUGGUGUCAACCAUUGAUGGUUCGACUUCUGCUCCUGAGUCAAAGGCUGAAAUUUCUGGUGCUGCGAACAGCGAUAAUUCCAUGGAUGCUGUUCAAAGUGCUAAUACGAAGCUUGUUGAACCUUCUCCACGGGAAUCCUUGAUAACAGAAGAACAGGUGGAAGAGACAUUUCCAGAAAGGUCCAAGCAAGAUGAUAGUAAUAGCCUUGAUAUUUCUUCUGAACCACUUACUUCAAAAUCUGCUGAACUUGAUGGCCAAACUCAACAGGAAUCUGUGUUGAAGACAGCAGCUAUCAGGAAUGAGGUUUCAACUGUUGGAACUAGUGAGGGAAAGUUGGAUGAACCUGCAAGUUAUUGUACAGAAGCUGGCACUGGCAGGGUAUCUGAAAACACGUCUACCUCUGGAGCCAUAGGCUCAACAGAUGUUGAAAGUUUGCAUGCUAAUAAGACCUCAACUGUGGAUGCCUCGUCAAGCAGAAGUAGUGCGAUAGAUCAGAACUCUGUUCACACUACGACCCCAGAAACUCCAGAAGAAAUUAUGAAAAUUGAAGGGGAAGGUCUUGAGAACAUGGGGGUUGCAGCUGGUUCCAAAGAUAAGCCUGUACCAGAAUUAACUAGGUCAAAAAGCUCUACUUCUGGGGCGAAGAAGAAGAAGAAGAAAGAAAUUUUUCAGAAAGCAGAUGCUGCCGGGCCUCCUAAUCUGUACAUGGCUUAUAUGGCUCCAGAAGAGAAGAAAGAGGUUGUCAUGCCUUCAGAAUCCACGGACAACUCAUCUACUAUUGUUAAUUUAAAUCAGUCACCUGUUGAUGCUGUAGAAAGUGAGAAAAUUGUGCAGAGUAAAAUGGAGCCUGAUGAUUGGGAAGAUGCUGCUGACAUCUCCACACCUAAAUUAGAACCUUCAGGUUUUGGGGAACAGUCUUCAAGAUCAUUGGUGCAAAAUGAGGACAAUGGAGAUGAGAACCUAGGAAAGAAGUACUCCAGAGAUUUCCUCAUGAUAUUUUCUGAGCAAUGUACUGAUCUUCCAGAGGGCUUUGAGAUUGCAUCUGAUAUUGCAGAGGCCUUGAUGGUUUCUAAUAUCAGUGCAUCUCAUCUUGUUGGUCGUGAUUCAUACCCUAGUCCUGGAAGAAUAAUGGACAGGCAGACUGGGGGACCAAGGCUGGAUCGUCGUGGUAGCGUUGUGGUUGAUGAUGACAGGUGGGGUAGAUUACCUGGUCCAAGUUUGGGGAGGGAUAUGCGUCUGGAUGUUGGUUAUGGUAAUGCAGGAUUUCGACCUGGCCAAGGAGUCAACUAUGGUGUUCUAAGGAAUCCACGCGCCCAGAUGCCUGUGCCGUAUGUUGGAGGGAUCUUAUCCGGGCCUAUGCAAUCCAUGGGUCCUCAGGGUGGGAUGCAAAGAAAUAGUCCUGAUGCUGACAGGUGGCAACGUGCUACAAAUUUACAGCAGAAGGGUUUAAUUCCUUCUCCAACUCCAUUACAGAUCAUGCACAGAGCAGAGAAGAAGUAUGAAGUGCGUAAAGUGACAGAUGAGGAAGAAGCCAAACAGCGGCAGUUGAAAGCUAUUCUGAACAAGCUAACACCUCAGAACUUUGAGAAACUUUUUGAGCAAGUAAAAGCAGUAAAUAUUGACAAUGCUGUCACGCUCACUGGUGUCAUCUCUCAAAUUUUUGAUAAAGCUUUAAUGGAGCCUACAUUCUGUGAGAUGUAUGCUAACUUCUGCUAUUAUCUUGCUGGGGAGUUGCCUGAUUUCAGUGAAAACAAUGAAAAGAUUACUUUUAAGAGAUUGCUAUUGAACAAAUGCCAAGAGGAAUUUGAGAGAGGGGAGAGAGAGCAAGAAGAAGCUAACAAAGCUGACAAAGAAGGUGAGGUUAAGCAGUCUGAUGAGGAAAGAGAAGAAAAGAGAAUUAAGGCACGAAGGCGGAUGCUUGGUAACAUUAGACUGAUUGGUGAGUUGUACAAGAAGAAAAUGUUGACUGAGAGAAUAAUGCAUGAAUGUAUUCAGAAGUUGCUGGGUCAGUAUGAGAGUCCUGAUGAGGAAGAUGUUGAAGCUUUGUGUAAAUUGAUGAGCACAAUAGGAGAGAUGAUAGACCAUCCCAAAGCCAAAGAGUAUAUGGAAGCAUAUUUUGAGAGGAUGGCGAAGCUGUCAAACAAUAUGAAGUUAUCUUCUAGAGUUAGGUUUAUGUUGAAGGAUGCAAUUGAGUUGAGGAAUAAUAAGUGGCAGCAGAGGAGGAAGGUUGAAGGGCCAAAAAAGAUUGAGGAAGUGCACAGAGAUGCUGCUCAAGAACGGCAGGCUCAAACUAGUAGGCUGACCAGAGGUUCCAGCAUGAAUUCUUCGUCAAGAAGGGCACCUAUGGAUUUUGGUCCUAGAUCAGAUAUGUUAUCUCCCCCAACUUCUCAGAUGGGUAGUUUUCGUGGAUUGCCCUCUCAAAGUCGUGGUUAUGCUGUUCAGGAUGUACGGAUGGAUGAUAGACAAUCUUAUGAGGCUAGGCCUGUGUCAGUUCCUUUGCCUCAAAGACCUAUAGGUGAUGAUUCAAUUACUUUGGGGCCCCAAGGUGGUCUUGCCAGAGGAAUGUCUAUUAGAGGUCCACCGGCAAUGUCAAGCACUCCAAUACCUGAUAUUUCUUCAAGUGUUGGUGAAGCUAGAAGAAUGACAACUGGUUUGAAUGGUUUCAGUUCUUUAUCAGAGCGAACUGCUUAUGGUUCUAGAGAGGAUCUAAUGCCAAGAUAUCUUCCAGAUAGAUUUGCAGGCCCAACCACUUUUGAUCAAAUGAGUGCUCAAGAGCGUAACAUGAAUUAUGCUAGUCGGGAUACAAGGACCCCAGAUCGAAGUUUUGACAGGCCUCUUGCAACUUCACCACCCACGCGAGGCCAGGGACAAGCUUCCACUCAAAAUGUUCCAUCUGAGAAGGUGUAUCCAGAAGAACGCCUGCGAGAUAUGUCCGUGGCAGCAAUUAAAGAAUUUUACAGUGCCAGGGAUGAGAAAGAAGUUGCUUUGUGCAUUAAGGAUUUGAAUUCCCCAAGCUUCCAUCCUUCAAUGGUCUCUCUCUGGGUUACAGACUCUUUUGAGAGGAAGGACAUGGAAAGGGAUCUUUUGGCUAAGCUUCUUGUUAAUCUUGCAAAAUCUCGGGACAGCAUGUUAAGUCCAGUUCAGCUCGUGAAAGGGUUUGAAUCUGUUCUGAGUACUUUGGAGGAUGCAGUAAAUGAUGCCCCAAAAGCAGCUGAAUUUCUUGGCCGUAUUUUUGGGAAAGUCAUUGUUGAGAAUGUGAUACCCUUGAGAGACAUAGGGCGGUUGUUGUAUGAAGGAGGAGAGGAGCGAGGACGUCUUCUUCAAAUUGGGCUUGCUGGUGAUGUUCUUGGUAGCAUAUUAGAGAUUAUUAAAUCAGAUAAAGGAGAAAUUGUGUUAAAUGAGAUUCGAAUGAGCUCCAAUUUGCGAUUGGAGGAUUUCCGGCCUCCAGAUCCUUACAGAUCAAGGAUAUUAGAAAAAUUUAUUUAGAGGAUAGUGAUGCUGAUUGUAUCUUGUUAGAAGAAAUUCAUCCCCAAUGCUUCUAGGGUACUUGUUAAUUUUCGAAAAUAUUUUUCUUGGUGGAUGGGGUGG